CCGGCUUUGCUGCCACCGCCCCAUCCGCCGCUGCCUCCGCUGAACCUCCACACGCCUUCCGCCUUCAGCGCCGUCAGGCCGAGCCUCCACGACAAGGACGCGUCUGGGCGCAUCCGAGAGGAAGUGGGCGUGCAAGUGCUGGGCUGGGUGGUGAGGCAGGUGCGGGCGUCCCCCUUCCUCACGCCCAUGCCUCCGUACGACCUCCUGCUCUUACUCACGCGGGCGUGGCCGCAGCCAAGUCCGACCUCGAAAUCUCGAACCUGUUGGAGAGAGACGACAACGGGCAGGUCGCGGCCGCCCUCAGGAUGUGCCGCCAGUACGCUCUCGACUCUACGGAACUGCAUCUCCUUUCGGCCGUCAUCCUCCUCAGAUCCCAACCUGGCCUGUCCUCCGAGGGCGUGGUCAUGAUGACGGUGCUGCAGGAGAGGGCCCAGGCGACGCUGCAAAACCACUCCGUCGCCUCCUUCCCCGGGGACCCUCUGCGACCUUCGAAUCUACUGCUGCUAGUGGCGUCCUUGCACCGCCUCCCCCUGCAGACGGUGACGAGGGCGUUGGUGCCGGCGCUGGCUUCGCCCCACGCCGCUCCCCUCGUUAUCGCCACGCUGCUCACCGCUGCGUAGG